GGGAAUCGUAUUCGCAUUUACAUCCGGAGGACUCGAAACAGCGCCAGCCAGCAGCACUUGUUACCGGAGACGACAGAAACGUUUAGCGAUCGCAAAGUGGCCACCGAAAAAGGAUUGCCUGUUGACAACAGACAACACCAAUGGAACCCCGACUGGCAGAUGCCCUGACGUUAGUGGUCACACUGCUAGCAGUCCUUUCUUCAGGCUCUUGCGAGAAUGACCGAGACUUCAAGCACUGUGGCACAUGGCUUCAUGGCAACAAGCCCCUGAGAUUAAUCUAUGACAUUUCGCCUGGCUGUAAAGACAUCUCAAUCUCAGCCAACGAGACCUGUCUCUCUGUGGAGGGAAAAAUCACAGCAAAGUGUUACCAGGCUGGGGAGUUUACCGUGGGCAAGUCUGGAAGCAGUUUAGGGGGACAGAGUCACUUCUGUCUCUACUGGGAGCCCCUGUUGGACCAGUUGUGGGUGCAGGUUGGGGGACAGAAUCACACUCUAUGCCAGCCAGCGGGCCUGCAGGACUUAUGCUGUACCGACCUCUCUCAAGGACCUAAUGGGGCCAACGGUGCAUAUGGCAUCAUCAAUGGAACCAUCAAAGAUGACGUUGCCAGCUACAAAACGCUGAUGUCCUACACCUUCUUUGGAGACCUUAUUAACUGCAAAAGGGAGUUUUGUGAUGAAGCCAACCAGGGGUCCAACCAAAUUAACAUGAUUGAGGAGACAGUGAUGAGGUCCCAGGCUCUAGGGAUUGUACUGCUGCCCUGUGCCCAGAGCACAGUAGUAGAAAUGAAUGAGGAUUUUCAAGGCUACAACGUCACUCUGCCUGCCCCCAAAGGCGUACUUCCAGAGUCCAUCCCCUCCAUCCAACUACCCUCCUGUCUAAAGCCUGCUGGAAGGAAGACAACCAAAGUUGUCUGCACUUUCUUCAAUAAUGCUUCCUUUUUCAAGGGUAAACAUCAAGACAAUGAGAUUCUACAAGAUGUGGUGGGAAUCACUGUGGAGAAUGAGGUCAUCACCAGUCUGCCUGAGCCAGUCAGGAUAGGUUUCCAUCAUAGAGCCAUACCUAGAACUUAUUCAAGAAAAUGUGUUUCAUGGGACACCCGAAAAGACCCACACAGUGUGAACUGGAAGGAUGACGGAUGUUUAACAGUAGAGAAAGGAAUGGAAGACACAGACUGCCUGUGUAACCACCUGACCUUCUUCUCCAUACUGGUGCAAUUGGAGCCUCGACCAGUGCACCACCUUGUGGCCUUAACUGCUAUUACAUCUCUGGGCUGCGCUAUCUCUGUGAUCAGCUGUGUUGUACUCAUCGUCUUCCUCAGCAAAAAAAACAGGAAAGCAAAGGAACAGUCAUCACCUGAUCACCGGGGUUUAGCCAUUUCCCUUUUCUUCUUGAAUCUCCUCUUCUUUUUCACUGGGAUUCUGGCCAACUUGGGAGGUGAUAGGUUAUGCCAGUGGGUGGGGGCGGGCCUUCACUACGCCCUCCUCAGUUCCUUCACCUGGAUGGGCAUUGAAAUUUUUCACACCUUCUGGAUGGUCGUCAUGGUUUUUCAUCCUGCCCCUAAGCCCUACGUCUGGUACAUAAUUGGCUUUGGUCUCCCAGCUGUACUUGUUUUCAUCCUGGUAGCAAUCGGCAACAUUUACGGUGUGAGAAAGGUUGUGCCAAGUGAUGAUAUCCACAACCCUUACCUGAUGUGUUGGAUGAAAAGCACCGACUCUGCCAUCCUGGCCCACUAUCUUACCAAUGUGACAAUGCUGGCAGCUCUGGUAGUUUCGGGCCUGACAAUGCUCUACUUGGUCUACAGACAGAUCCGGACCAGAGAUGAAUGGAGACAGAAUCGUGUGACCUUUUUUAGCAUCUGGGGCCUCAGCUGUCUCUUUGGAACCACUUGGGGUAUCAAUUUCCUAGACUUUGGGCCUCUCUCGGACUUCUUCCUCUUCCUCUUCUGCAUCCUCAACAGUUUCCAAGGAUUCUUCUUGAUGCUACGGUUCUACAUCCUGAGCUGGGUGAGGAGGCAGGCAAGCAGUUCUGAUCUAGGGACCAGCAGCACCGGUUUGACCAGACAGCAGAUGCUACAGCCCCAGGAGAAGAACUAGUUGGGUUGGACUCAAACACAUGGUGUACAUUUAGAAAUAAAUAUAGAAGAAAUAUUUCUUAGUGUUCAUUUUGUCAUGUUAUAAUGUAACUGCCAGAGUCAGGGAGGGGUCAUGAUACACUGAGUGCCAUAGUAAGGUAUUCUGAAACUAGUUAAAUAUAAGAUGCUGUGAUUAGCAAUUUACGGGCAAUUUUUCAGUUGGGUUAAAGUAAAUUGAGCCAAUCUGAUGUUUUCAAGCAAGUUGAAAUAAACUAAGAAAUAACUACAAAUAGUACAGGUCAUGUUUGGAUACUGCAUCUUCUAUGGGGUGGUGCACAGAAAUACUUCCAUCCUCACUCAGGAACUUUUACUACAGGGCUGGAACCUGUAUUUAAUGCUGUUUUUAAGGACUAGACUGAGUCUAGGGUGAGUAUUUCCUUUGUGAGCUGUCUGGAAUAAGUUCAAGCUAGUUUAUAGACACUGAA